AUGUCCGGAUUUAAUUUUGCCAGAAGCCAAGGAAGAAACGUAAGUUUACGUAAAGGAAUUCCUCCUAAAGACAAAGACACUUUAAAGGAUGUUAAAAUUCCUACCAAUCUACCAAACUUGUCGCCACCGGCGUUAAACCCGGAAUUGUUAGUUAACUUGUCGACGCUACACAAAAAGCGAGACGAGAGCUAUUUGAAUUUACAGAAUUCUAUAGCACGCGCUCUUAUUCUUAAUGGCGAAGGAUUGGGGCUGUUAUUGCAGGAAAAUCACCUCUUACCUAAAAAAUUAAAAGACGCUCUUUUGAGUAAAUUUUGGCAGGCGGGCCAGGCUAAUGUUGAUUUAUUCACCACGGUUACUCAAACUCGCAGAAGUUUAUUGGUACCAGCACUUGCUAGGGACCCAGUAGUUAAAGAUAUCGCCGAAACCUCUUCGGCAGACGACAUGCUGUUUGGUAAAGAUUUUGGCGUAAAAGUGGCAGCUGCCAGAGCUUUAGCCAAAUCUGGGAAAGAGCUUGUCGCACCCCAAACUUCUUCUUUACCUCGAGUUUCACAACCAAAUGUAGGAAGGGGACCAGGGGAUCCAAGGUCCCUUCUGGACAUUCAAAAAACUUGCGUCGCCCAGUACGUUCGAUGGGGAAGGAAAAUGUACAAAGAGGGCGCCAUCCCCAAACUCCGCAUCAAACUACGAGACGUUACAGGAACUCGAUGAGAAACAGGAAGUAGAGGGAGGAACACCCAUUGAAUCUUACCCUGGUUGUGGCAAGAUUAUCCGGGAAGCGUUCGAACUAAAAGGCUUUCCGAGUAGCUGUAUUCAUACGGCGGUUUUAUCCUUAAGUAAAUCAACUUUGUCUCAAUAUAAUAGCACAUAUAAGCUUUGGUGGAAAUUCUGCAUUGAGAAGAAUAUUCCCAUCUUCCAAGCUGGUCCACAGGAGGUAUUAUUGUUUUUGCAAAAUACCUUAGAACAUCACCCCUACAAAUAUGGCACUUUUAACUGUCAUAGAUCUGCAUUAUCUCUAAUUUUACCAAAUUCGGUAGGGGAGGACAUUAGAGUGAGGCGAUUUAUGCGAGGAAUUUCCAACUUGAGGCCAGCCUUACCAAAAUACAACAUCACUUGGGAUCCAAAACUUCUAUUGGUCUAUUUGAAAGGAUUAUUUCCGACGGAAUCACUAUCUCUAAAAUUUCUCAAUCUCAAACUAGCAACUCUGUUAGCUUUAAUUACGGGUCAUAGACUGCAGACAAUUUCCUUGAUUAGACCGUCAAAUAUUAAAGUAUCAUCUACGGGCUAUCAAGUUUUAAUCACAGAUAAAUUAAAAACUUCUUCGUCGUCAAGUACUCCGUCUAGCUUACAUAUACCUUUAUUUUCAGAUGAACCAGCUUUAUGUGUUGCUAGUUUGUUAAAAAGAUAUUUGGUAGUAACCAGUUCUUUUCGGUCACAGCAGGCUGAUUUUUUAUUCCUGACCCAUCAACGUCCGCAUAGAGAAGCCACUAAGCAAACAAUCAGCCGGUGGGUGAAGUUAACAAUGGAGC